UGAUUUGAAAUGAAUUUUUAAUAAAAGAACUGAAUUAAAUUUCUUCUCCUGGGUGAAUCAGAUGGAGAUCCAGAGAGAAUCCACACCGACGCCUGAGGACGACGACAUGGAGAUCAUCACCAUCUACAUUAACAGAGAAUUCAUGAAGCAGGUCCAGGACUCGCCGGGGAGCGCCAACGUCCGUCUGUCCGAUAGUGUGGACGAGAAGGUUGGGGUCACUAAGUCCACCAUCAGCGUCAUGUCAGAGGAGCUUAAUGUGGCCUCCUCCCUGCUGACCGACUCCGUCCUGGAUGAGGACGAGGUGACCAACGUCCCCCAAAUUAAGGACGAGAAGGUUGGGGACGCUGAGUCCACCAUCAGCAUCAUGUCAAAGGAGCUUAAUGUGGCCUCCUGUCAGCUGACCGACUCCGUCCUGGAUAAGAUCAAGGUGACCAACGUCCCCCAAAAUAAGGACGAGAAGGUCGGGGGUGCUGAGUCCACCAUCAGCAUCAUGUCAAAGGAGCUUAAUGUGGCCUCCUGUCAGCGGACCAACUCUGUCCUGGACGAGAUCAAGGACACUUUUGGUCAAAAGGAGAAGAGUGAGAAAUCCACCAUGACUGACCCGAUACCAGAAAUCGAUCCAACCUGCAGGAAGAUCCUGGUUCAGCCGGUAAAGAAGCUGCCCGCUGAAGCUCCAGCUAAAGAAGCAAUCUGCACUGCAGAAAAGAUGAAGAAGAAGAAGAAGAAGGACCAGAUCCUGGGAUUCUUCAGAAGAUCCUGGCAGACCACGAAGAGGAUCUUCAACAAGAGAUCAAACAUGGAGAUCGUUACCAAGCAGGUCCAGGACUCACUGGGGAGCACCUACGUCCACCUGCCCAAUAGUGUGGAAGAGAAGGUUGGGGUCACUAAGUCCACCAUCAGCGUCAUGUCAGAGGAGCUUAAUGUGGCCUCCUCCCCGCUGACCGACUCUGUCCUGGAUGAGGAUGAGGUGACCAACGUCCCCCAAAAUAAGGACGAGAAGGUUGGGGGCGCUGAGUCCACCAUCAGCAUCAUGUCAGAAGAGCUUAAUGUGGCCUCCUGUCAGCUGACCGACUCCGUCCUGGAUAAGAUCGAGGUGACCAACGUCCCUCAAAAUAAGGACCAGAAGGUCAGGGGCCCUGAGUCCACCAUCAGCAUCAUGUCAAAGGAGCUUAAUGUGGCCUCCUGUCAGCAGACCAACUCUGUCCUGGACGAGAUCAAGGAUACUUUUGGUCAAAAGGAGAAGAGUGAGAAAUCCACCAUGACUGACCCGAUACCAGAAAUCGAUCCAACCUGCAGGAAGAUCCUGGUUCAGCCGGUAAAGAAGCUGCCCGCUGAAGCUCCAGCUAAAGAAGCAAUCUGCACCGCAGAAAAGAUGAAGAAAAAGAAGAAGAAGAAGAAGGACCAGAUCCUGGGAUUCUUCAGAAGAUCCUGGCAGACCAUGAAGAGGAUCUGCAACAAGAGAUCAAACAAAGUUUCCCCCCUCUAAUUUCCCCACAAUCCCCCAAAUGAUAUUCCCUCCUCAGCUAUAUAGCACAUUCUCAGACAAUUCUCCAUGUAAGAUCAUUUUGGUGAGGAGCAGAAGAUUCAGAACUUAAACCAGCUUUUUCACCUUCAGGACUUCAGCUUUUAUCGACGUGAAAAUGCCGUUCCCUUUACCAUCCGCCUGGCACUGCUGCGUUCUGCCCCAUGUUGGUCCCUCCAGACCUGGACCGGUCCAUCUUGUUCCCUCUUGCUCCCUCUUGCUUCUUGGCUGAGAGCUUCGUGGUUGAGAGCUCCGGUGUACCGGAAUGUUCUCCGGUGCUCUUAGGGUCGGGGUUGUCUUAAACUUCUCUGUGCAGGAUACGAUCGCUGUUCCACAGACUUGGUUCCAUCUUGGUACCAGAAGUCCUCAUGAUACCAGAGUCUGUGGUUCCUGGUAGAGAUGGGAGGAUCGAUCGGCUAUGUAUCGAAAUCGGCCGAUUUUUUAUCAAAAUAUGCGAUCGGCCGAUAUUUCCUAAAUUCAGCAGAUCCGAUCGUGUGAUAUACAAACAUCAUCUCCAUGUUAAGCUUAACAGCUCAGUGGAUUGAUCCAGACAUUGAGCUACAAAGCUCCAACCAUCGUAUCACCAUUCAACAAACAUCGCACUUUACAACCUAAAAUAACAUAAUUAACGUUGUGCAUCAUACAUACGAUGGAAUUUUGCCGAUUGAAAUAUUUACUUUAAAAAGAUAAUUCAACCCGACCCCAUCUAAGUCAAUUCUAUGAGCACAUUAUAUGAACUCGUGGUUCACUUUGGUAAAUCGUAAGCGGUUCUUGCUUUUGAUGUAGAUGAGAGCAGAAAACGUUACAGAGCCAAUCGGAGGCAAAAGUUUAUUAGUUACUAAGUUGGUUAGUUCAGGAUCAUUUGCAGUGACUGACAGAAAACUUUUAGCUCCACAGACAGAACGACUCUGACUCGGUUACCGCUCUGUGGUAAUAGCGGUUUAAUGAAGCUUUUUAAUGUAAGAGAGUCACACAGAAUGUUCUGUAGUAGCUGGUGUUUAUUUAAAACCACGACAUUAAUUAAUUAAUUAAUUAACACGGAGAGAUAACUGAGAAGAGAAACGCUUCGCAUAAAAUGAAUCGACUCGUGAAUCACUUAUAUCAAUACUGCGAACAGAUCGUCUCUCUUAAAGACACACACACACACACACACACGUGGCAGCAUUUGGCACCGGUUUAUCUUCACUGUUUCCCUAUUUCAAGUUUUUUUCAGACUGAACUGGAUAACAUUAAACCUGCGUGUGUGGUCAGUUAGACUAAUGAAAUAUGUCUCCUGUGGGUGAAAAAAUAAAUUGCUUUAGUUUAAAAAGUAAACCCCCCGUCAACCCCCCCCCCAAUCCGAAUCGGCUAUCGGCCUAUCACCCUCAAAGAAGAUUAGAGAUCGAAAUCGGUGCCAAAAACCCUGAUCGGUACAUCUCUAGUUCCGGGUGCUUCUGAGAACUGUUGGUUGCUCGUGGUGGUGGUGUUGGAUUUCAGAAGGAAUUCUGGGACUUUGUGAGCUGAGCUUGAUCAUCUUAGAUGUUGGGCUCCCCCAGUACCAGGAUUCUGGCUUCAACACCUCAAGUGUUGGAUUUCUGAAGGAAUUCUGGGACUUUGUGAGCUGAGCUUCAUCUUCUUAGAUGUUGGGCUCCUCCAGUACCAGGAUUCUGGCUUCAACACCUCAAGUGUGGGAUUUCUGAAGGAAUUCUGGGACUUUGUAAGCUGAGCUUCAUCUUCUUAGAUGUUGGGCUCCUCCAGUACCAGGAUUCUGGCUUAAACACCUCAAGUGUUGGAUUUCUGAAGGAAUUCUGGGACUUUGUGAGCUGAGCUUGAUCAUCUUAGAUGUUGGGCUCCUCCAGUACCAGGAUUCUGGCUUCAACACCUCAAGUGUUGGAUUUCUGAAGGAAUUCUGGGACUUUGUGAGCUGAGCUUGAUCAUCUUAGAUGUUGGGCUCCUCCAGUACCAGGAUUCUGGCUUCAA